CUUUUUCAUCGUCUCCGAAAUAUCGAAAAAUUCUCUCUCUCCCUCUCUCUCUCUCUCAUCGUUCUCUGCACAAUCCGUCUGGUUCAGAUUCCGAUGGAUUUGAUCGGCAAGACCGCCGGAGUAACGACGCCUGUGAAGGAUUCGCACGGGUCUCGGUCCAAGAGCCGAGAAGUUUUGCGGUGUUCGGAGAAUCUGAACCCUAAUGUUUCGCCUGGUCCGAAAUCAUCCAAUUCCCCUGCGAUCAAAUCCGCUAAGUCUCAGAAAUCUGCUUCGAAGAACCAGAACCAGAACCCUAACCCUAACCCGGUGGUUUUCUCGCCGCGGAAUAAGAUCCGGGAGAGGAAGUUCGUGAUCGCUAAGAGGAAGAACUCAAAGAAAGAGGAUUUGGGAACGAACGUUGCUUGUAAGUGCAAAGAGAAGGCCGGUGGUGGUAAUUCGAAGAAGUGCCUGUGCGUGGCUUAUGAGAGUCUCCGGGCGUCUCAGGAGGAGUUCUUCAAGAAUCGCAGAUCCGGAGAUGGCGGAGGGCUCUCGGAUUCGACUUGUCCGAAGGUCGUGGAUCAAGCUGAGAUCGAACUGGAAGAGGAAAUUGAAAAGAGUUUGAUGAUUCAGGACUGUCAAAUUGAAGAUGGAUAUCAGGCGAAGGUCGGGGAAGAUGAAGUUUCUGUGUUAAGUGAGUCUGAAAAUGGGGAACCAGGCGAGGUUGAUCCAUUGAAUCGAAUAGGUUCUUCAACGGUCAAGAGAAGGCGGGCUAAGCUGUUGGAAGAGGCGCGGAACAGUGUGCCUGAGUGCGGGAAAGUUAUGCAUCUGGUCAAGGCCUUUGAGAAGCUUCUUUCGAUACCAAGCUCGAAGGAAUCUGAUGAUCAGAAAAAUGAUCAUGAGGAUGAACAAGUACAAGAGAAUCACAAGAAGGCAAUGAAGUGGGCGUUACCCGGAUUGCAAUCUCCAAGUGUUCUUGAAACACAGGUUUCAUCAUCUUCAUUUUGUCCAUCAGACUUGUUCUUGACGUCGGAGAACCUCGGUCUGGAUCCGCGGGCUUCGGUUUCGUCUUCUUGGGAUAGCAGCCUAGGAAGUAUUUCAAGCAGGAAUUCUAGUGGAGGUCGAAGGAGCCGAAGAAAUAGCUCAGAAACAGUGAGCACAAUUGGUGGAAGCAGAUGGAAGAAGAAGAAGCUCAAAGCCACAUCCUCGAAACCAUUCAAGCUAAGAACAGAGCAAAGGGGAAAAUUAAAGGAGGAAGAGUUCUUGAAGAAGUUACAAGACAUGAUGGGCGAGGAAGAGAGGCUGCGGAUACCAAUUGCACAAGGCCUUCCAUGGACUACAGAUGAGCCCGAGUGUCUUCUAAAGCCUUUUAUUAAAGAGAGAACAAGGCCCCUCGACCUGAAGCUUCACAGUGAUGUGCGAGCUGUAGAGCGUGCUGAGUUUGACCAUCAGGUGGCAGAGAAGAUGAGCUUGAUGGAGAUGUAUAAGAUGGAAAAAGAGAGGCGGCAGAAGAUGGCAGAAGAGGAAGAAAUCAGAAGGCUAAGAAAGGAGCUUGUCCCAAAAGCACAGCCUAUGCCUUAUUUUGACAGGCCAUUCAUUCCAAGAAGGUCAAUGAAGCAUCCAACCAUACCAAGAGAACCGAAGUUCCAUGCACCUCAACAUAAAAAGAUCAAAAGCUGCCUGUCGUUGAGCGACUUCGGCUCCUACACUAGCCAACACUAGAGAUUUUGAAGAUUAGAGAAAACUGAAAAAAAAAAAAAAAAAAAAAAAUCUUCUUUUAGUAUUCGUCUGGCUCCUUCUGUAAUCAAUUGUUCUCCAUCCUAAUAAAGUCUUUUUGGGCUACAUAUCAUAUAAUUGAUACAAAUGCCCCUUUUCUAAAAUCAUGACCAAAAGACUAUAUGUGCAUAAUAUAAAGUGAAGGGACAUGUUAU